AUGGUGGAUGCGCAAUCCAACGAUGUAUAUGUGCCUCCGGAGUAUCGUUACGGUGCUACCAAGCCUCUGACCACCCGCUUGAACAAACUGUUUGACAACUUUUGGGCACGGAUUGAAGCUAGACAUGCUGUCGCACAGACACAGCAGCGACAGAGUUGGAGCACCAGAAGCAAACAGAGUGGCGACAGCCAGAAAGGGACUGGGAAACCCUUGGGCACUACCUCGAUGAAGCAGCCCGCCACUCACCGCAUUAGCCCAUCUUGGCCAAAGGCCACCAGGGGAAUGACCUCAGCGCAUCAACCAUGCAGGCG